CUUUUGCCUUUUUUAGUAAGGUUUUUAAAGUUACAUCACCGAUUUUGUAGUACCUACUCACGGACUAUUUCCGACCAUCACGAUCCUGCCUACGUGGUUCUAGCGCCCAGGAGCAGACUAGGUCGAGUUUGGAGUAAAAUGUAAAAAUGUACUGGCCCCUCCAUUGUUGUCCAGAUCCAUUAGUCGCUGGUUCUCUCCUUUAUUGCCGGGCGCUGACUGGGCCCUCUUUCCCCGCUCUUCCACGGCUUGUGUGUUAUCAUGUCCCCGUCAUCCAAAACCCCUCUCGCCUCCCAACCCAUUUUCACGACCUCUUCUGCUAUCGCAUGUGAUGGAAAUUUUGCCCUUUUGUAUUGGACCAAAUCUACCUUCAAUCUAUCGCUUCCGGUCGAUAUAGUCAAUUGUCUUUGUUCUAUCCGGUCAAAUUCACAGUUUCCGGAGUCGCGAUCGUCAUAUAAUGCCACGCGAAGCCACUCGGGGAAGAUUGCGAUCGCAUGAAGCCUGUUUGAAUUGCAGGAGAAAGAAGACUCGUUGUCCGGCGGAGAAGCCAGCAUGUUCAAGCUGUGUUCGCUUGAACCAGCAAUGUCUGUACACAGCCGUGCCAAGAGGCUCUCGGAGUGGCCCUUCUGCUGACAGGCUCGCUUAUCUGGAGGAGAAGGUUAAUCUUAUUUUGAAUGGUGGCAGGUCACUUCCUCAAGACCAUAACCAUAGUGGAAAUAACAAUGAAGCUGCUGAUACAACGUAUUCAGCAGCCUCUUGUCCAUCGUCAGCUGACUUUGGGCCCUCCUUCAAUGAUCCAUUCCUGCUUGGAAUGGGAUUCGAAGACUCGAAGAUAAGCCCGUCUUCCAGAAUCUCCCAGGCAGUAGAUCUAUACUUCCAAUACUGCCACAGACAGCCAAUAUGGUGCUUUGAUCGUGAAGAAGUGAAAGACACAAGUUACAUCUCCGAAGAGCUCGUCUGUAGCAUUCUGACCCUCACCUCACGUUUUUCGCAAGAGCACGAUGAGUUGCAGCAUUAUGGCGAUAGCGCUCGGACGCUCGUCAUGCUCCGGAUUGCCAAUGGCACUGUAGAGCUUGAAACGAUAGAAAGCCUAUGUUUGCUCUCAUUCUCGUCUUUCCUCGAUGGAAAUGGUCACUUGGGCAGGUUCCAUCUCGGUCUAGCUCUCCAGCUUUGUCGCUCUGCAAUGUUAGACCUUCACUCUACUUAUGGCAUUGAAUGCCCCUCCGCUGAACGAAAGAAAAGACUCUUCUGGAGUUUGCAAUGCCUUGAGCAAGCAUAUGGCCAAAUCAAUGAUAUACUCGGCGUACCAUCAGAAGUCUUGCGUUCCUUUUACGUUUCUACGAAUGAUGAUCGGGAGCUCCUCAAGAACCUUGACACGAGUCCACCGCCCUUGCCAAACGACGAAAUUGGAUGCACAAGCUCAUCUGACCUUGGAAUUUGGAAUUUAGCUCUGCAUUUCGGGUGGGUCUGGAGUAGAGUGCGAUCGUACGUUUUUGAUUGUGCUCAGAGCCGCUUGAAAGAGCCUUGGAGACAUGACUCUUUGUACGCCAUGGUACUGUCCGACCUGACGGAGCUGGAAAAUAAACUUUCACCGUGCCACCGAUAUGACUCGGUCAAGUUUUAUGAGCGCAGGGCCGAGGAGCUCAGAGUUAAUCGAGAAUACUGGGCCCCUUGGUUGAAGCUGCAGUUCACCUAUCAUUCCAUUUUGACGGUCCUCAAUCAUCCAUUCCUCUACAUUGUGGCAUCUCAAUACAACCACAACUUGACAAUCCCAAACACUUUCUGGAGGAGAUCAUCCGAGCUAGUCCUACUUCACGCUACAUGGAUUGUUCGACUUAUCGAUAUGGUAUCUGAAAAGAAGAUGCGACUAAUCGACCCCUUCUUCGGCCACGCUGCCGCAAUUGCCGCUACUGUCCAUCUUUACUACUGCUGUGCCUCCGAUCCAAGAUUGAAGUUCAAAUCAAAAACGGAUUUUGCAAAAUGCAGAAAAUUUCUGAAAAGCUUCGUGUCCUUCUCUCCGGCCUGUGAAAAACUAAACCAAACGUUGGACAAAAUGACUCGCAUUGCAUCCGGCUCCGAGAAGGUGGAUAUUGACUGGGAACCAUCAAAAAUACACCUCAGUAUUCCUCUUAUGUGGGAGCUCCUACAAAUAAACUGCACGCCAACUUCACAAGAGACAUCCACCGCUAGCUUGCUACACCCUUCACUCAGUCCAGCCGUCUUUCCGGAGGAAGUGGAAAACCCAUCAUCCACUCUCGAAAUCAUCGUUGCAAUGUCCCCCGACAUUACUGUCAAUACCGCCGAUGGGGGAUCCGCCGCCCAUCUGCCACCUAAUUUACCAUCACGCGUCGCUACGGCGCCCGCAUCGCCGGCAAGCACAACUACGGGAGAAAAACUCGUUGCGCCUGCCGAUAGUCUGAUGGCCAACACCCCUUGGCUUUGGACUGAGCCCUUACAGUUCAUCGAUAUGGAUAAUCUUGGCUAUCCCGAGUCAGAGUCCACGAUGGGCAAUGUCGACGGAUUCUCCACCUGGUGGGAUUUUGGAAACUUAUAAGAGUAUAAUAUUCAUUCAUCCAUCUCUAUUUCUCACUUGGCGAGCAUUUCAGGUCCACAAAGAUGAUACCAAAGAGCCCUUAGGAUCUCACAAGAUUCUAUGGCUACUACUACACUAGCUUCGGCCCGAAGCAACUGCCUAACUACUACUGCCCAGAUAUCCCUCACGCGAUUCAAAUCCCGUUCCAAUCUAUGCCGCUGCGACCAUUCUCAAUUUCUCCUGCAAUGCAGCAAAAUUCCUCUUCAUCGCACUUUCGGUAAAUUGGGCCCCGGUCACCAUUGGAUACUUUUUCAACGGCCCUUGGAUCAACGCGUCCUUGCAGGGUUGAUUGAAGUAUGCAAUGCUGUAUCGAUCCCCAAAAUAGUCCCCAGGCUCACACGGCGCCUUAACCCGGUGGAACGUUGACUUGAACCGAUCAUCCGACCACGACAUAAGCAAGUCCCCAAUGUUACACACGAUUUCCCCAGUCUUCGCCUCCACCUUGGUCCACUUGUCUCCAAUGCCGAACUCGGUAACAGAUUCCCGACCGGGACAAAUUUCCAGCCCACUCUGCCCUUCUUUCUGAAACAGUAGAGUCAGAAAGUCCCAAUCGGCAUGUGCCCCUGCGCGAUGAUACUCUUUCCCACCGGCUUCCUCCGGCAACGCAAAGUAAUGAAGUAACCUCAUGGUGGUUUGGGAGUCCGACCGCGACACAUCGUGACACUUGAUGAAGAAGUCGUCCGGGAACCCCAGUCCCCGAGCAAAGCACUGCAUAAGAGAUUCCGAUAUGUGUUGCACGCGAUGCAUAAAUGCCAGGGCGGUGGUUUCGAACCCCGGGAGGUGCUCGUCAGCGACCCAUAAUCCCUUCAUGUUGUUUCCGAAUUGAAGUUGAUAGGACUCUUUGCUGUCUGGCUUGCCAGUGGAUGGUCUGAUCUGUGAGUUCUUUUCCCAUCCGACAUUGUUGGCAUUCCAUGGCACGGUCGCUUUGGCGUCGUCAGGUAGGUCGAAGAAGGACUUUGAUGUCGAGAAAAUAGAGUCGAUGUCUUCCUUGGAGAUCCCAUGAUCGAUCAAUGUGAAGAAUCCCACAUUUUCGGCCGCAUCAAUCAGCUCUGCCGUGAUUCUGUCGAUUCGGUUCUCGAAGUCGGCGAGUGAGAUUUGGGGAAUUGGGCGCUCGACGUAUUGAGUUUGAGCCAUCGUGCUCGUGCUCGUGAUGAUCGAUAGUAGGUGAGUUGAAGCGCGUCGAUGCCUUUUAAUAUGUAUAGCACAAACACAAGGAUGCGACCGGUGCAGUCAUAUAUAUAUUGUAGUUGGCUGUGACUUUUGUUCAUUGCUCCGAUCCCUGCAUUACUUAUCUCCAACCUCGGCCGAGGUGCUCGGCCGAGCUCUUCAUCCUUGUAGGUCACCCUUGAUGUCGCCCUAAGCACUCAACAGCUACCAAACAACAUUGACGUUGGGAAUAAUCUUCUACGCACAAUUCUACAUUCCAACGAUUUGAAAUGAUCCGCCAAGGUUAGAAUAUGGGAUGAUUUCUAUCUACUCCGUAGAAGAGAGAUGUGUUGCUUGGAGAGCCUUCGGCCGAAGGCCCCAACAAUACAUUUGCGCGCUUACGUGGUUAAGCGACCGGAGAUAAAUAUCAAAUUUGCCUUUUUGCAGGUGUAUUCGACAAGAUUGAGUGUCUAUAGACCCCUGUUCCCCUUUCAAAGGGCCUUUUAUUGAGGUGUGAACUAAUUAGGGUAGUAAAGAUAAGAAAUUACCAAUUUGCUGCGUAAUCGCGUAAACCCGGCC